AAGCAGAAAGUAUAACCACAACCAAAAGCAAUGGCUACUCCAAAAGCUCCAAUUCUCAUCUAUAUUUUCCUUACUUUCUUCCUAUAUUCUCCAUCACAAGUGAAAUCUCAAUCUUCCUCACAAGAUAUAUGCAAUAUCACCUGCAGUCCUUCGUCUUGCUCGCGAUUAAUUACGGUCAAAAAUCUAACCGAACUCAUGUUACUCAACCUGCAAUGGGCGAUAAACAACACAAGAGGGGCAGUCCAACGCCUGAACCAAACUCUGGCCGCGACAGCCAACAACUUGCAGUUUCAGCAGCCUCUACUAAUCUGCAUGGAGCAGUACAGUCAUGCGGCAGCGCAUUUGGAGCUUGUGUCCAGUUUUGUACAAAGCGACCCAUUUGAAGCACAUUCGGAGUUGAUAAUGGCGAAUGCCAACAUCUUUACUUGCCAAGCAAACAUGAAUAAUGCUGGAUUUGAAAAUGACUGGAUUGCUGAGAGUAAUAAUGAGUUUAUGGAUUUUAACUGCGUUUGUGAUACAGCCAUAGAUAUACUGAUUAAUGGGCAACCAAGGGGCGGUACAAUCCAACAUCAUCAGGAAGGGGGAGGCGUUUGAGACUUCUUUAAAUUUAGUAACACUGUAUAGUAAUGGAUCUAUAUAUUGUUACUGAUGGGCUAUACAUAUAUGGGCCGCGAGGCCAAGGACCCGAUGUUUCUCAUUUUACUAGUUUCCUUUUGUAUUAAAAAUGAAAAUGAGUC